AUGACUGUCGCCGAAGCUCAAGCGGCGGCAGCGCAAAAAGCCCAAGCUGUUCACCAGCUCACCCUAGACAGCCGCGGCUCCGAUGCUACGCUGGCCCAGAACCAGGGCGACGUGGUCAAGCCGGUUCCCAAGAACACGCUCUUCUUCGUGAGCAAGAACCCCAAGGACUACAAAUACGAGAAUUGGUAUUUCCUCCACGGAGAGACGCUGAGGUCAGCCUUUGGCUCAGCCCUAGCGAAACGCCUAGUCGACGAAGGCCUCAUCUUGUGCGAUGAAAUCGAGGAAGACGCCACCGAGGAAGAAGCCACCGAGGCUAAACCAAGGACACCGAGCAACCCCGCCCAAGAGAAGGCGAAGUCGCCUUUACCCAAGCCCCUAGAAAAGAAGACCCAAGGACCAGCGACCAAGCGUACCGACGAGUCCAAGUGGGCUUUCAACACCGUGGCGGGCGCGGGUGCCCUCACCGACUCCUUCGGUAACCUCAAGGUCACCGAUAACCGUCCUCCUAGACGACAAGGCCAACCCUUGUACAGCGCACCCAAGAAGAACUUCGCCCCCGAGAAAUCCGCGCCCAAGGACCCUAUGUUCCAGAGCCGCAACCCGAGCCACUACACCGUGGACAUGACCACGCGCUCUGCGGGACCUAGUGCACCGCAUCCUAGAUACGCCUAUUCGGAACGGGCACCUAGAUACUCUUAUGGUACAUACAAGACUGCGCAGGGGGAACCCUCGCACGGAAAGAUCAACAUCAAGAUGCUUUCCAACCUGUGCGAAGCCCAGUGGUUUCAGUCUGGGUGCCUAGAUCCCCUAUUCUGCUUCGACUACCUAUUGCACGGUCGUUGCGCCAUGAUGCAGGACUGCUUCCUGCGCCAUGUGAUGCCGCAGGGUGACGAGCUUCCUAGUCUACGCUGGUUCAACCCUGCUCUCUGGCGCACCGUCGAGACGGUCAAUCGAAGGCGGCGUUCCGAGGAUACCUGCACGGCGACCAGGCUCUUUCCCAAUCAGGAGACCGCUAUCCGAAACCUGCCUGGGUUCCCUAGACCCCCCAAAGCUUCUGUGUCUGCACCUGCGGCUCCCGUCGAGCCCAAGAAGCGCGCCUUCGGUGGUGAUUUUGAUGGCAUCUAG